GAUGGUACAGCCCACUGCCUCCUCAGCGGUCACCUCUCUACCUCUGCUUCUCUGUGUCUCUCUCUCUUAGUGAGCGAGGAUUCAGUCUCUCAUACUCUCUGAGUCGUCAGGUUUAAUUUCUCUGUUCUUCUUCUCUUGUUAUGAUCCAUUUGAGGAGCACCUGCCAUAGAGACAGACACACCAAGAUGAACGGUGAGCUGAGAGCUGGUCGCACCACUACAGGCAAGAGAGGAAGCAGCGAUCAUGACAGAUCUGACUGUGAUAUGGAGUAUACUGGAUACCCUGGUGAACACUAUAACCGGGUUUUUGAUUACCAGCGUGUCCCCUCUUCGGUCCCAGUGGAUUCCAUUCAUGUCAAAAGGCCACGCCCUUCAUCUUCCUCCUCUUCAUCUUCCUCCACAGCGGCUCUAAGGGCGAAGAACAGUAGAGUGACCAACAGGAGCAACAAGACCCAUAACUCCAUGUCUGGCAGCAGCAAUGUUAAAUUGAAGAUGGCAGAGCUUCUUGCCAUAAAGAGUGAGCUGACAGUGAUCAAGGUUCAGAUUGAUGGCCUGUUGGACUGCGUAGACAAGAUGGACAGACAGCGGAAGGACUGUUCAGUGUGUGUUACAGAGUGUCCUCAGAGCAGGGAGUCCAGUGUGUUGAACUCUCCUCACCAAGGUUCAGUCUGCAGUAUGGAGAGAGAGAGUCCUGAACCAGGAGAGGCCAGCGCAGAUGAGUCACUGCACUACCAGGACUACUACCCCCACAGCUACUCCCACAGGCUGCAGCAUCACACAGCAGGAGAAUCUUUGCUGUCUCCAAACUCAGAGAGACAAUUUACACAGAUAAAGCAUUAUCAUUCUCGGGAGGACAACCUGUGAUGCUGCAAUCCAGAUCCUUGUAGAAACAGAAGCUCACAUUGGUAACAGCUGGUAUGGAAGAUGCCUCCAGAAGAUGUUGGCAACUUCACCUGCAUGAACUCUCCUCUUCACCUGAAUUCAUCCAUUGCUGUCAGUUUGAUUUGUAUUAUGUUGUACUGUUUUCUGUUCUGGUUUCCAGUUUACGCUGAUGGUAAAAUCUCAAUUGUAUUCCUCACACAUCACCGACAUCAGCACUCUAUAUUAAAAAUAUCUUAAAACCAUACUAGUGGUUUUUAGAUGAUCACCACUGAUUUCAACUACAGUAUUAUCAAUAGGCUCAAAAAUGAGCUUACUACAACUUUAAAAUUUCUUCAUUCAAAAUAAUUCUUUGUAAUAAGCAAUUUAUUAGAUUUUAAUUGCAUUUUUUUAGUAAUGCAAUCAAGGUUAGGUUGACAUCUUUGGCUCAAACAAAAAACAUUUUGUUCAUUGGCUGCAAAGUUAGCAUCGGACUGUAGAUUUAUUUUCUUUGCUGUUGCCCUGAUCCGUCCCCAAACCAUGCUGUCCUUGCUGGACUCCCCUCUGAUCACCGUUAAUGAAGUCAGUUUUGCAGCAGCUGGCAGCUCCUUAUCACACAAUUUAUUUUCAUCAGGCCUGCUUUCAUUAUGUGUAACCAGCUGUGUGCAGGACUGCAUUAUAGUUCUGUGUUAAAGCCUGAGUGAGCAUAGUUUUAUGACUCCCUGGGUCUACACUGUUCAGUUCACUCAGAAAAAGAGCUAUAAAGUGAUAUAUGGACUAUGACAAUUUCCUGAAAUGGACACUAGCUCAGAAGGAAAAUUGCAUGUAGUGAAUAUAAAUUGGAAGAUUACAAUUUUCCACCAUGACUAUGAUUAUGAAUCUUUUUACGACAACUCCAUGACUGUGAAAUUUUCAGCAGUCUAAGUAAGUUUUGCUGAAACUCUUUUUGAUCACUUGUUAGUUUAGGUUAGUGAACAAAGUUAUCAAGUAAAAUGGUUACAAUACAUUUAGCAGCUAAAUCACUAGCUUUAAAGUUAGCUUAAAGCACAGUUUUUGAUAACUGGAUCUGCUUUUUGUUUGUUUCACAUUAGCUCUCAAAUGGUUAGGUGUUUGUUUUUUGUUUUUUUUUUGAAGUGGAGUUGUAAGAGCUACUUAUCCAUAAUUAGUUCAUUACCUACAUUAGAUUGCAGUUGGCACACCCACAGUUUGGACAUGCAGGAGUAACGGCAUAGAAACUAAACAAUGCAAUGCUGUGGAGAGGGACAGCAGCCAAAUAUAUUUUAGCCACCCAAAGAGACCCAACUAAAGAAUUACUAUCAGUUUAAGUGUAUGCUCAAUUGCCCAUUCACUGCUUUACCUCUUGGUCAGAUGGUUCUUCCUGACAUGAACCUGUUGUUAUGCUGAAAAUGACUGUCUGAUGGCAAGAUAAAGCAGUUAAAAUAUUCUAAAUUUAAUGGACACUUAAAAUAAUAUAGAUUUUUUUGGGCUAUGCCUUUCUUUUAGGUUGCUAAAAUAUGUUUUGUUGCUGACUCUGUCCACAGCAAUCUUUGUCACUACUCCUGUCUGCUUCUCCAAAUUGUGGGUGUGCCCAGCUUCCAUCUAUACACUGAUUAUGGACAAGUACCUCACAAAACCCCACUUCAAAAAUUGCAAAACAAUACUUUAUUUGGUUAUGUAUAAAGUUACAUAGUGCUUCAAUGCUGCAACUAAAACAGUUGUGGUUGAGGUGGGCUAGCAGUUCCCUUUUUAAUGUGAGGUGAAGCUCUCAUUUUUGCAAGUUGGUCUUUGUUCCAACAGUCACUUAUGGUCAUGAGUUCUAGGUAGUGACUGAAGGAACAAGAUUGUAACUACAAGUAGCCAAAAUAGGUUUUGUCUGUGUGGUGGGUGGGCUGAGUCCUGAAAUCGAGUGAGGAGUUUCUGAUUCUUCAUGUUGGUAGGAGCCAGUUGGGGUGGUUUAACAUUUGAUUAGGAUGCCUAGUGGGCGGAAGUUUUCCAGGAAUGUCCAACUGGGAGGAGACCUCGAACCCAGAACCCAGAACUUACGAGGCUACAUAUCUCAUCUGGCCUUGGAACACGUCAGUAUCCCUCAGGGGCAAAUGGAAAUUGUUGUUAGGGAAAGGGAAGCUGCUGCCAUAAUGACCCAACGCUGAAUAAUUGGAAGAAAAUUAAUGAAUCUGCCAGUAGUUCUCUAAGAGUUAGCAUUGUGUUACAGAUCAGUUUGACAGAUUGUGUUUUCCUUAGAUAAGCUGAAGAACCAGUUUAGCAGAACAAAACCUGUGGUCCAGGUCAGCUAUUGCUUUGUUUAUGAGAUAAAAAUAAUUAUAUUCAGGUUAUCCAAAUCAAAGUAUAAUAGCUUGGUUCAGUUUAACUGAUAGCUUAAGAGAGAUUAAGAUUAAGAUCUAAGAGCUAUUUUCAGAAAAGCCAGUACAGUUUUUUGAAGUGAGCAAGUGGAGUAUUGUAGGCCAGUUUGUUUCAGGUUUCAGUGGGGCCUGCAGGUGUAAAUAAGCCUGACCUAUUUACACCAGCCUGUAUGAAAUGUCAGUACUGAUUAAUCUACACUGUCCAUGUUGAUAAAUAAAUAUAUUUCAAAAGAAAACUUGUCAGCAGGUGGAGAUUGCAAUGAGACCAUCACAUGAGAGUUGACGAUAAAAGUACCAGCUGGCCCAUGUUUCCUGAAAGAUGAUAAAGCCUCGUCCUGGCUUUGCAUUUCAAAUGUUUGUUGCAUGUGUCAGACAUAGUAAUUUUUCAUCAUUUUUACAUGUUAUUAAAAUGGCAGUGAAUUUAUGACCACCAUCAGUUCAAAUGUGCAUGAGUAAAUACUAAAGGACUUUUUGUAGAGUUGUACUGCCAUUGCAUUGUUAAAUGACAGUUACACUGUGCUGCACUGCACACUCACAUAAAGUGUGUAGCAUUCAAUAUGUUAUCAUUACUGCUGCAAAAAGGGUCCAGUGUCAUAUUUAUUGUUUUUAAAGUUGGAGUCAUAUUGCAUUUUAUGAGAUAUUCUUCAUUUCGCCAGAUUUUGGGUGAUGGUUCAAUGGAGAGUAUAGCCACUAAAGUGUUGCCAAGUCAAACAUAUAAAGAUAUAAAUAGUUGUGACUGUAAAUAUGUUCAGAAUGUUCAUGUAAAAUAUUUGUUGGUUUAAAAAAGUGACACUUGAAAUUAUUUAUGUGCAUAGUAGUGGCUUUUUAUUUUAAAAAGUAUUUCAAAUAUAAAUAAAAAGAUAAAAAUGUUUUAAUAAGAAAUCCUAAAAAUACUCAGUCGUUUUGGAAACUUCAUUAUAGCUUCUGUUGAUACUUUUGUGUUUGGUUAGUGCUAAAUGUAACCUGUUUGAUUGUAAAAGUAGUAAACAUGUUUUUCAUAAAACUUG